CGCCGAGGGUCCAGGCUCCAGUUUGCUCCCCCCUACCUCAAUUGGAGGAGAAAAGUUUGUGAAUCGGGCUUCCAAGUUUUGGGGGACCCGGGCUCGCGGCGAGGGGUGACAGAGAAGGUUCAUUGGAGCUUCCCCCAUGGAGCUCACCCAGCCUACAGAGGACCUCAGCCUGACCCAGCAGCCCCCCAUCCCGGAAUUUGGGGACUCUGAAGACCCCAGGGAUGAGGCCCCGGAUGGCUCAGAAACAGUGGUGCUCAGUCUCUUUCCUUGCACCCCAGAAGAGCCUGGGAAUCCUGAACCGGAUGCUGGCGCCUCUUCACCUCAGGGCAGCUCCCUGAAGCACUCCACGACCCUCACCAACCGGCAGCGGGGGAAUGAGGUCUCGGCCCUGCCGGCCACCCUGGACUCCCUGUCCAUCCACCAGCUUGCGGCCCAGGGAGAGCUGAGUCAGCUGAAGGAGCAUCUGAGGAAAGGCGACAACCUCAUCAACAAGCCGGACGAGCGUGGCUUCACCCCCCUUAUCUGGGCCUCGGCCUUCGGAGAGAUCGAGACCGUCCGAUUCUUGCUUGAGUGGGGUGCUGACCCCCACAUCCUGGCCAAGGAGCGGGAGAGCGCCCUGUCACUGGCCAGCACAGGGGGCUACACAGACAUCGUGGGGCUGCUGCUUGAGCGUGAUGUGGACAUCAACAUCUAUGACUGGAAUGGAGGGACGCCACUGCUCUAUGCCGUGCGUGGGAACCAUGUGAAGUGCGUGGAGGCCUUGCUGGCCCGAGGAGCUGAUCUCACCACUGAAGCUGACUCCGGCUACACCCCAAUGGAUCUUGCUGUGGCUCUGGGAUACCGGAAAGUGCAACAGGUGAUCGAGAACCACAUCCUCAAACUCUUCCAGAAUAACCUGGUGCCCGACGAUCCCGAGUGAAGGCCACCAGCCCCACAGGGACUCAGACACUCAGGGAACAAAAUGGUCAGCCCAGAGUUGGGGGAACCCAGAACUGGCUUCAAAGGCAGCUCCUGAACAGAUGGUGGGAGGGGAUCCUUCCCAGCAGAAAUCAAUAAACCUGUGCAGAACUUGAA